GUCACGGUCACGACGCGUCUCCAUCGCGUCGCGUCUGUCAGUGUGUCGCGUUUACUCGCUCUCCCGCUUCCUUUCAAUACACACAUGGGUCGACAACAAACCCUGGGUAAAUUCUUCGCCAUGCCUGCUAGCUCCAAAGCCGGACCGCCUCAGCAGUCCAAGCUGGAGGAGAUGUGGGGUGGCAAGAAGCGGAAAGCUGCAGCCAUAGAGGUUAAGGAGGAGUCCUCAACACUGGAUGAAAGCAUUCCAAGGCCAGCUACACCGGUGAAGGUAGAAUCCACGCCUGAACCCGCUACCGUACGAGAGAAGGAUCAAGCGCCACGAAUCAAGAAACGUCGCGUAGUCGACUCCGACGACGAAGGCAAUGUCCCCAUGGAGGACACCUCCCCGGAGGCAUCAUCGUCGAAGGCAGUGUCUGACACGGAACCGGCAACGGAGGAGAAAGUCAAGUCGAAGCCCUCCAAGCCCACGCGCCCAUCGAAAGCCUCGACCUCAAAGCAGCCCGCACGGCCCGUUGAAAAAGAGCCAGAGGAGGAACAUGAGGCGUCGUCUGCGGCUGAAGAGGAAGACAUCGAGGAUGAUGAGGGCGAGGAAGAGCUGGAAGAGGAGGAUGCGGGUGCUGCCUCGAAGAACGCCGAGUCUGUGCUUUCGAGAACAACAGAGGUGGAUAUUAAAGGCGGGUGGAAACCGGGUGACCCAGUGCCAUAUGCAGCUCUGGCUAAGGUGUUCGGUCUGAUCGAGGCAACGACGAAACGAUUAGAGAAAACGUCGCUCCUGACCGCCUUCUUUCUCCUUGUCAUCCAAAGAAGCGCGAAGGGCGACACGAAAUCUCUGCUGCAAGCGGUCUAUCUGUGCAUCAAUCGUUUGACUCCGGACUACGUCGGCGUUGAACUUGGUAUCGGUGAGAGCCUGCUCAUCAAGGCCAUUGGGGAGUCAACAGGCAGGAGUCUUUCUGUGAUCAAGUCCGAGCUAAAGAAAGAGGGUGAUUUGGGUCUCGUUGCGAUGAACUCCAAGAAUAGCCAGAAGACGCUCUUCAAGCCCAAGCCACUCACCGUGCCCUUCGUGUUCAACAAUCUGAAGGAGAUUGCGAUGAGCAGCGGUCAUUCAUCACAAAACAAGAAAGUAUCCAUCAUCACCAAGCUCCUCGCCGCAUGUCAAGACCAAGAGGCGAAGUACAUCGUCCGCAGUCUCGAGGGCAAGCUCCGGAUAGGCAACGCAGAGCGCACCGUCCUCGUAGCACUCGCGCACGCCUUCGUGCUGGCCGAACAAGAACGAGCGAACAAGCGGUCAAACAAGGAGAAACUCGCCGCUCGGCUCGAAGAGGCCGCGAACAUCAUCAAGUCCGUCUACAGCGAGCUGCCGACAUACGACCUCGUCAUCCCUGCGCUGCUCGAGGUCGGCAUCGACGGGCUGCACGAGCGCUGCAAGCUCACGCCGGGCGUCCCGCUCAAGCCCAUGCUCGCGAAGCCGACGAAGGCGAUCGGCGAGGUGCUCGACCGGUUCGAGGGCAAGCGCUUCACGUGUGAGUACAAGUACGAUGGUGAGCGCGCUCAGGUCCACCGGCUGGAGGAUGGGACCGUCGGAGUGUUCAGUCGGAACUCUGAGGAUAUGAGCAAGAAAUAUCCUGAUCUCGUUGAGCAAAUGCCACACUGUAUCAAAGAGAACACGAAGACGUUUGUGUUCGACGCGGAGGCAGUGGCGAUCGACAAGGACACUGGCAAGCUGAUGCCCUUCCAGGAGCUCAGCAGGCGGAAACGGAAGGAUGUCAGGGUAGAGGACAUCCAGGUCCGGGUCUGCCUCUUUGCGUUUGACCUGCUGUACCUCAAUGGCGAGCCUCUCCUUCACAAAUCUCUCCUGGAGCGGAAACAGCUCCUACGAGAACACUUCCAGCAGGUUCCAGGGGAGUUCGAUUUCGCGAAGUCGUCAGACGGUGAGACUACGGAUGAGAUCCAGGCCUUCCUGGAGGAGUCCGUGAAGGAUGGCUGCGAAGGCUUGAUGGUGAAGAUGCUUGAGGGUGACGCAAGUUACUACGAGCCAAGUCGGAGAAGUGUGAACUGGCUCAAGCUCAAGAAAGACUACCUCGCAGGGAUCGGCGACUCUCUGGACCUCCUCGUCGUCGGCGCCUACUACGGCAAGGGCAAGCGCACGAACGUCUACGGCGCGUUCCUGCUCGCCUGCUACGACGCUGACUCCGAGGAGUACCAGACGAUCUGCAAGAUCGGCACCGGGUUCAGCGAGGAGGCCCUGCAGUCGCACUACGAGACGCUCAAGCCGCUGGAGAUGACGAAGCCGCGCGGGGACAUCAAGGUGGGCGGCGCGAAGCCCGACGUGUGGUUCGAGCCGAAGGUCGUGUGGGAGGUCCUCACGGCGGACCUGAGUCUCAGUCCGGUGUAUACGGCGGCUCAGGGCUUGGUCGAGGAGAGAGGCAUCUCCUUGCGCUUCCCGCGGUUCAUCCGUGUCCGGGAUGACAAGGCUGCAGACGAUGCUACCGGUCCCGAACAGAUUGCGGAGAUGUACGAGCGGCAAGCACUCGCUCAAACUAAGGGUGGCAAGAAGAAGGGCGGCGACGCUGACGAUGGUUUCUGGUGAACAUUGCAGACAUUCCGAGUGUCCUUUGAAGUGUGAACAGGGCCCCAUGUACAGUCGUAUUAUUUGGUUCAGUACGGGAUAUGCAGAACAGACCGGACCGGCACGAGACAUCGUCGAUGCACGACGCGCUAUUUUGACGCAGGAACGGCAGUGUUCUCCGUGAUUGCCUUG